GGCAGCUGGCGGAUAUGGGUCAUACAGCCCUGUCUGUUGCUGCCUUUUCCAAAAACACUAUAACCCAUUUAUCUUUCGCGAGAACACUAACCCAUUUAUACGAAAAAUAAACAGACUCUUAAACGUGUAAAUCUCCUUAGCGUAAUACACUUGGGUCUUUGCGCAGUAGCCCACACAGCAUCCGCGAACACCUCGCUAUUGUUCCUAGCUCGUGUAUAUAGUUAUCUAAUUGCCUGCCGUUGACUGGGAAGUAAAUGCUUAUACUGGAGUUAACUUUCGCAUUCAGACUUGUCUUGUUGCACCCUGUCGCAAGCUCCACUGUGCGGCUCUAACUGCAUAAACUUUGCGUGACGUAGCACGAGAGCAUGGGCACAAGUACCUUUCACCGGCUGCGCGUGCAACGACAGUAGACAGCGAGAGACCGGGCAGCGAUGAAGACGCGGGAGGAGGGAGCACCACCCAACCUCUCUGAGAAACAGAUGAUGCCUUGGCUAUAGAAGACGGCCGGCCGGCGCCCCACUAAAGUGAUAUGAGUAAGGCACUGGAAGAGAUACGCAGCAGCUCCGACAGCCUCGGCGACAAAGCGGCCCUCUUCCGGACCGGCGGUGGCGUCCCUGGUGGUCAUGGGAAGGCGGCCAACGUGAGUGGCGGCGGCAGCCCGGCGGCAGCCCUCAUCCCCCUGAAGGCGGCCCCCUUCCUUCAGGCACCACAUGCCCCGCACAGCCGCCACGGCCACGGCACGCUCCACAAGGGGGACAGGAGAAGUCGCGAGGGUGAGGACCCUCUGCUCAGCCCCACGGUGCCAAACCCCUUCCCCGAACUCUUCAACUCCACCGUCUCCUCACUGGUGUCCGAGUGCUUACUCCCCUGGACCAAAAGUAGCUCUACUCAGGUAAUCAAAGUGUACAAUGAGGACAACACCAGCCGUGCGGUGGAGGUGCCCAGUGACAUCACGGCCCGGGACAUCUGCCAGCUGUUUGUCCUGAAGAACCAUUACAUCGACGACCAUAGCUGGACACUCUUCGAGCAGCUCGCACAUUUGGGCAUCGAGCGCACCAUAGAAGACCAUGAGUCCGUGAUGGAGGUCCAGUCCGGGUGGGGUAUAGACGCCGACAGCAGACUGUGCUUCAGGAAGAACUAUGCCAAAUAUGAAUUUUUCAAGAAACCUCUGGACUUUUUCCCAGAGCACAUGGUGUCUAUAUCUAGUGAAACCAACGGAAUCAUGAACCACUCCCAGCUCAUCCAGACUUUUUUAAACUCAAGCACUUGUCCAGAGAUCCAUGGAUACCUCCAUGCCAAAGAGCAGGGCAGGAAGGCAUGGAAGAAACUCUACUUUGUACUCAGGAGGUCCGGCCUAUACUUCUCCAACAAGGGCACCUCCAAGGAGCCCAGGCAUCUCCAGUUUGUGGCUGAGUUCAGUGACAGUGAUGUCUACACCCUGCUGCCCGACCGCAAACUCCACGGUGCCCCCACAGACUUCGGCUUCUGUGUGAAGCCCAAUAAGUCCAACUCUGCACGGGACCUGAAGCUGCUGUGUGCCGACGACGAGCAGACGAGAGCCAGCUGGGUCACAGCCAUCCGCCUCUUCAAGUAUGGUAUGCAGCUGUACCAAAACUUCCUCCAACCGCAUCAGAAGCAGAAGUCCUCUCCCAUGAGGAGCAUCUCGGAGAACUCCCUGGUGGCCAUGGACUUCUCGGGCCAGACAAGCCGCGUGAUCGAGAACCCGUCGGAGGCGCUGUCAGUGGCCGUGGAGGAGGGCCUCUCCUGGAGGAGGAAAAGUUGCCAUCGACUCAGUUCACAUGGGAGUCCUUCUACUUCCCAGAACCCCAUGGCCAACAUAGCUCUCCACCUUGCCCAGCCCUGGUUCCACAGCAAGCUAUCGAGGGAAGAAGCCCACCGCCUGAUCUCACAGCAGGGCCUUAUCGAUGGGGUUUUCCUUUUAAGGGACAGCCAAAGCAACCCCAAGACAUUUGUCCUGUCACUGUGCCACAUGCAGAGAAUCAAACACUUUCAGAUUCUACCUGUGGAGGAUGAGGGCGAGCUCUUCUACAGCCUGGACGAGGGCCACACGCGCUUCGGAGACCUCAUCCAGCUGGUGGAGUUCUACCAGCUCAACCGGGGGGUGCUACCCUGCAAGCUCAGGCACCACUGUGGCAAAAGCACCCUCUGAUGAUCCACACCACCAACACCACCACCACCACCCUUACCACCCUUACCUUACCACCACCAGACCUGCCCACUGGGUCUCUCUCUCCCCGACUCUCCUCACUCCCACUCCCCCAAUCUCCCAGCGUCCAACCCUGCCCCAUGUACCAGCACACUAGAGGCUGGGAGUAGGGAGAGGCCUGUGACGGAGGGUGGAGGAGGAAGGACUGGGUGGAUAGGUAGAGGAUGGGGGCCCUUCCACUUCAACUUCACUCCCACUUCAUCUAACUCCUCAUUCUCUUCACUCAACCCCAGCCAUCUCCAAACUAGGCGCUGGGGUAGAGAAGAGAGGGAGAGGCAUGUGAUGGAGGAGAAGGGGAGUAGGGUGUCCUGGCUGGAUAGGGGUGGAAGGCCCCCUCCACCUCAGUCACUCCCACUCCAUAUCCCAUUACCCACCCAACCCCAGCGUACUGUACCAACCAUCCCUACUGUGGAAGGUGGAGGUGGAGGUGGAGGUGGAGGUGGAGGUGGAGGAGAGGAGAGGGCUUGAGUGGAGCAGAAUUGGCCUGGCUGGACUGGGGUGGGUUGAGGUGUGUUGUAUUGUGGAGAGAAUGAGUGCCCCGUGGCGGGCUCUUGGUGGAGGAGUGGGGUGGGUGUGGAUAGAGGAGGUUGACAGUCCUCAGCAUCCUGUGCCUUGGAUCUGGACGGACAGGAGGACAUUGGACACCUGGCACCAGCACACAGAGAUGCCAGUGCAGUGACAUCAGCCACCGCAACCACUGAUCACAAUAAGACGUCCACGGCAAAACUGAACACCUCCACCACAACAUCAUGCACGACAGAAACACAGAUUACAAAUACAGAAUACAUACACACACACACACACACACACACACACACACACACACACACACACACACACACACACACACACACACACACACACACACACACACACACACACACACACACACACACACACACCGCUUUGGCUAUAAAGCUAUGAACAAGUGCGACCUCUCUAUUUUUUUUCUAAAAGGGCACAUGAUACAAAAAGCUGUAGUAAGAAAAGAAAACAAAAAUGGCGGGAUUGGCUGUUGGGUUUCGAAGUUUGUUUUCGUUUUCUGUUUUCUUUCUUUUUUUUUCGCAAUAAGUUGAGUGGUGAAUGGACCUACCGACAAGUGUCUAGAAGUGUACAGGCAUGGUGUUACAGCGGGCACCACCUACCGAGAGAUGUGGGGUGAAAACAAUUGACAAGCUUGAAGGAUGUGUGU